AUGACCUGGCGUCUGAGGUGAUUGCGUGGUCACCUGCGCGUCUUUCAAGCUUUCGGCUAUCUUUUAUUAGUAAUAGUGGCACGUUUAACAGUCUUUUGUAACUCUUCGAACUUUUCCUCGAAUUGCUUUGACAGUCUCCGUUUCAUUGACAUUCGUAACAAGCGGAAGGUGAGUUUUAUUUCUGUUUGCCUAACUGUAGUCGUUUAAAGUCGGUAAUAUCAACCGUUUACUCCGCAAAUGAAUGGAGAAUUCGAUUCCGACCUGAAAAGUCAAAUUUGUCAAUUGACAAUGGAAUCCGCACGAGCAAAAGGUUCUGAUGAAAGCUUUCCCAAUCAAGAAACAAAAAUAACAAAUCACAAGCCAGCCAAACCGGGCGACAUAACCGCCCAGUUCGGAUUUGUCGGACCAUUCGUAUCUAAUCCAUCGAAAUCCAGUUGCCGAGGAGAUGGCAGCGGCGAAGUUCAGAGUUGUGGAGCCGAUAGUGGGAUGUGUCGACCCGUGCUUAAAGAGUCAUUCAGCUCCGUUGCGUCGUCAGCGUCAACAAACCAGAGUAAGCCAGCGUGCGUAGUAAGUGUAACUGCGCCUUACGCGAACGAUCAAAACAUCACAAAUUCCGAUUCCUCAACCGUGUGCUCGACGGGUGAUCCCAUUCACAACACCAUCGAUUCACUCAAGGCCUUAUCCUUAAAGUCCGAUUCCUUGAAAUCCUCACCGAAUCCUGUCAAUAAUCAGGGAGCCGUCAAAUCUAGGUCAGGCCCCUUCAACGCUCUCCCAGUUGAAGUUCAUUCGUUCGAUUUUGAAAAAGGCCAGGCAAGUAACAAGCUCGAAGGAUCUGGCUUCCUAAGUGAAACUCUUCCAGGCAGCUCGAUAGGCCAGGGAAAAUUUCAGGCCCAGUCCUUAUCAGAUGCCUCCUGUUUGAUGGACACUAACUUUCCGGUUUCAAAUUACCGCAGUCAGUUGGGCGGAGAAGGCGAUAUUGCUCAGUCUAUUAAUACUACCGAAGGGCAUUGCAUGUCUUUAGGUACUGCCACCAACACUGCCAGUAAUUUGUACUGGAGCUCUCCUGGGAACAAUUCGGGUGAAGACUUCAAUAGUCUUCAAGCCGCACUCUCAAUGAACAGUAUGUCGCCUUUAUUGUCUAACUUUCUUACGCAACAAGCCGGUAAUUCUAUGAAUGGUAGCGUUUCUCACUCGCCCAGCUCGGCAUCAGUUGCCGCUGCUGUUGCUGCAGCGGCUGCCAAACGUGCAAUCACUGGUGGACACCAAAAUACGCGCUCUGGAGCUUCGUCUAGGCAGCCGUGCUGGAACCCGUCCGCCACCGCUACUUUCGACCAGAAUUCACUUGUUUCCGAUCAAUCGGGUCCCUGCCCUCCAGUUUCCUCUAUGGGCAUGAUGAAUUCGAAGCCAAACUGGAUGGCGAACUUUGGUAACGGUGUGAACUCCUGCCCUUGGAACACAUCUAAUAUCCUUCAGCAAAACGUUUCAAAGGCGAAUUUCACCGAUGCCUCAGCCGCUAGUUUGUCAUGCACCAACGGAAACCUACGUUUUGGCCUGAAUCCAGUCAAUCUUUCAACAGCUGGAGUGGGUUCGAACACACUUAUGAAGACUCCCAACUCUACCGGCUUAGCAAAUAUCUACAACAUGUUUCCCAAGCGCCCUCAGCACCGCAUGAUGGCACACUGGCAACAACAACAGCAGCACCAGAACUCCCUACAAAGUGGCCAUGUUCAACAAGCUUCUCCUGGAGUGAUCGUCAACAAGAUCCAGAAUCCAGCCUUUUCUUGUUCCUCAAUGCUCACCCCUUCAUUUACUACACAGGACUGCAUACAAUCGUCGCCACUCAGUGAAACUGCAGGUGUGGGGAAUUCUAAGGCCUCACAUAACACGUAUGCAGCCGUUGGUCAAAACCCUGCAGUCGUUAACACAAUAUCAAACAGCUUGCUUAUGACCAAUGGUAUGGAAACUAUGGGUGCCACGUCGGUUGCUGCUGGUAACUCAGAGAAGCUGUCCGCGCUAGACCCUUUUAAAUUUGGCUUUGAUUCUCAACUGUUGGAAGUUAUCAAAACGCUGGACGCUAACAAUAGUGUGACAAACAGUCUACUCGACGACUUGUCCUUAAAGAAUUUAGCAACCUCUGAUGGAUUUCAAAGUGCAAUGAUGAACCAGAUGUCAGGUGUUCCACCACCCAGCUGCAGACCUAGCGGUAGUAUGUUGUCUUCAGCGGGAUUUCAAAACCAAUCUUUGACGGGCAUGGGCCCAUCGUAUGCAUUUCUCUCUGGUAUGUCACCCCGCGAGGAAGGUUACUCUCGCAAAGUGUUUGUUGGUGGCCUGCCUCCGGAUAUCGAUGAAGGUGAGUAGUCUUUUCAUCCUGAUUGUAAACUGACUUUCACAAGCACUCCCCUUCUAAAUUUCACUGUAUAUGUUAGAAACUAUGCUCCUACACCCUCGCUUUGGCCGUAUUUCAUAGUCUUACGCACGCGUAUUUCGCAAUAUUUUCAACGAUGCGUCGAAUUGGCUAGGAAAAAAUUUCCACCGUUUUUUUCAUGUUUACAAUUCUUUCUGACAUAUCAUUAUUUUUAUGCGCAGAGGAAAUCACCACCGCCUUCCGCCGUUUCGGGCCGCUUAUUGUUGACUGGCCUCACAAGACCGAAAGCAAGGCAUAUUUCCCUCCGAAAGGCUAGUGAACGAAUCGUCUCAUUUUCUAUUGCUGUCGGAAUUGUUACAUUGUCUCUUGUGAAGUGCAGCCUUUUUAUCAUGAGCCACUAGCUUGAUAUGUUAGCAGCGGUUGUGGACCCUGUGUUUCCUUAUCGCGUAUCGCAUCUUAUCAACCUUGGCUACCAACCACUUACCACGUCCCGCGGGAUCAGAGGUUUGUCCUUCAGCCUGUGGCUCAAUUUCCCCGGAGGAAGUCAUGGAUACAAGUGUGAAGCCUUCGAGAUGGACAGCACGCCUAUUUACGUUCACAGGUCUUGUUUUCGACAAUCAUCACUGUGUUAUAAUUCCGACCAGCUUUACUGCAACGUGUAUGUGAUGCGAUGGCGAGAUUCUUCCAAGCCGAGUUCCAUAUUAAUCUUGAAUUUACUGGCCAAACAUUUUAGCGCGGAGCAUCCAGUAGUCGACCGCCGCUGCUCUGCUUACUCCAUUACGCCGUUGGGCUUAGUUCUUAUGAUGAAUAAUGAAACUGGACGGUGCCGGCAAAGUUAUCGCUGCGAUCAAGGCCUGCUAUUGCCUAUAACUUGUGAUUUAUUCUUUGCAACCUCUCACGAUAGUUCGGCCAGGUGUUCCACAUGGGCACACGCUUUAUUACCCGGCCUACUUAACAACGUUGUUGGUCAGUCCAUUGUUGAAAAUACUGUUUAUUGUUUGUCGGCGCUGGCCGACUUCAGGAAACUACUGUCCUGCUUAGCGUUUCCGCUGGCCGAAGUCGUCAAAUGGGACUGUUUGCAUUCGCUGCUCCAUCGCGAUUAUACCUCCAGCACUAAAGACGGACGGUUCACUGAAGCCAACAAACAGGCGACCGCCGAAAAAUUAGACUAAGUACCAUCCGUUGAGGUGUAAAUGCGGUCCUUGGAUUUCCAGUAUCUCGGUUUUCGCCGCGAAAACCGACGACGCAUCGAGCUCAUCGGGUCGGCUGUGGCUGGGGGCCGUAGAAAUGCUCUAUGCUGGAGAUCCCUUAGGCCGUGUAGAUCUCAUGCUUUAUCACAGUCAUGCCAAAUUCAAACAGUUGACGUUUUCCAGGUAGACGCUCUGGCCUCCUUAGGACGUGACGCAUUGGCUACUGCCUUUACUUCUAUGUAUUGUAAUAACUGCCCAGUUGAGCUAGUAGGACUGCGUCCACAGUGCUAAAAUUCAUCAAUGCACAUACUCAGUAAAGCUUUUCGGUCUUAACUACUAGGGCUUCAGACUGGGUGCGAUCAUUUCGUAAGCCAAUGUUAAGUUCCCUAGUAUUUUAUGUUGUCAUCAAUGUGAGAGCCCUAAAAAAAUUGUUCUCUUGGGAGCUUUUAUUCACGCUUUAACCAGAUGCACCAACCGAUGUACCAGUUCGCUGAUCCAAGAGUUGUCCUGAGAAUUGCGAAUGAUGUAAGCUUAUAAUCUGCAAGUACCGCGCUUCCGACUGUCCGUUUCUCUGAUGUCAGCAAACCGUAGGCUUUCGUUUGAGUAUCUUGCUUUUAAUUUUGCUUGACGAACCACCAGAAUUUAGCAAGUAUCUAUCACUUUCAGGGUACUGCUUCCUGCUUUUCCAAGAAGAACAAUCUGUGCAGAACCUGAUCAGCGCGUGCAUCGUUGAUGAGAACAAGUAUUACUGGUGUGUUUCAUCACCUACGAUGAAAGAUAAACCAGUAAGUCAUUUUUAAUCCAUUAUGCUAUUCAAAACUGUAUAGCUCUUUACUCCACGUUUUCAAAAGUUUCUGCCGUUGCGUGUACAAUCGCCCUAUCCGUUUUUCCUCGCUUCAGUAACUACACAUGGACAGUUUUUAUGCAGCGCGAUCUUGACUUUCGGCUGUUUCUCCAACAAAGCCAUCUUAUGCCACCUGAUAGAAUGUGCCUUUGAUAUUUUUGAUUUUUGGUCCUUUUCUGAAUAAUUGAUUACUUUAUUCGGGCACAAUAUUUAAAACUAGUUUAAGUAUGAGUACUUAGACUACUAAUGACUCAUCUUUUCCAUCAAAAGGUUCAAAUACGUCCCUGGAAUCUAGCUGAUUCCGACUUCGUCAUGGAUGGAUCACAGCCACUUGACCCACGGAAAACUAUAUUUGUCGGAGGUGUGCCGCGUCCGCUUCGAGCGAGUACGUUAACUGCUUUGUUUCUUCUUAGCUGUUCUGUAAAUCGUCGUUGUCAUCUACGUUAAUCCCUUAUUAGUUAUGUCUUGUAUGAACCCAUGGUCGUCCUAGAUCCUUUUCAAUUCCCAUUUCGACAUCUAAAAGGUGCAAACUGUCCUGUUUUUCUUAAAGAGCACUUCGUAGUCGACCAACACGAAUCAGAAUUUUCGAAAAUUACCUACAAUUGUUUUCCAUAGUUCGAAACACCUGAAAGUAUCGCCUCAUGAUAUUAUUGGUGCAACUACCAGAUCGUGGAGGUGAUUUAUAUGAUUAUUAAUCCUUUUCAUGAAGCCAAACAAGUCCGUUGAAUUAAUUUUCGGCCUGUGAGUUUGCUCUGCUGGUUUUCAUAACAAGCUCUGGUACGUUAUAAAUAAUUAAAAAGACCAGAUUUCAGAGCAUCCUUCCGAGCUCACCUUCACAUCUUGCUAUUGAAGUACAGAGUUUCGUUUUUAAAGCGCAUAUCUGGUAGGAGAGACCUCCCCAACAGAACUUGUACAAUGUGCAUGAAUCAUACGUAUUGAUUGUUAAAGCGAACUAUUGCUUGCCUUGAAGACUACGUUUGAUCUUGCCUUAGAACAGUCCCGUCUGUCUGCCUAUCUCGACUUUGUUUCGAAUUAAUCUGUCUCAAAAUGUCGCAAAAGCACACCUGACAUCCUAUGGCCGGUUUCUUACGACAUUCUUCAAAUUGAAUGUCACGAACUAGGUUUGGCCGAAGUUUGUCAAUGUGUUUUUCAGAUAGUAGUCACAUUACCAGCCUAGUCGACUUCCAACUGGCGUCUUCUGCGUCGCAAAUGGCUGCAGCAGGUUCACCGUAGCAGACUUCCUUGAGUUCUCCCCAGUCGUAGUAUACUGAUAGAAGGAAGGAAGCGUACUGCUGAGUCAGGCUUUACCGAUAUCUGGCACAUGGUCUACUUUAUCAAAUACUACAAUUCUAGCGGCGGCACUGACGUGGCGACCAUGAGUCACCACUGCCACCGCCGACUUGCAGUUGAGCACGAAAUAGUAAUAGCGCCAAAGGGGUCGGGCUCGAACAACUGGUUCAGGCGGCUGUUGGAAACCUGUACUGCGGAUUCCCAGGACUCAGCAAAAGUAUAUGCCGGCCAAAUCAGGCAUGGUAAGGACCAUGUCAAGUGCAAGUUAGAACAAUCUCUAGCUUAGAAGAACCUUCUCCUGCGAUUAUCGCCUCCGGGUCCCUUUAAGACCGACCAAAGACACUUGACAAUUCGUGCUUUGAAUCGACUUCUAAGUCGCCAAAGAGUUGACUUUUGAUGGUAUAGAUGCCAGUUGCAUCUGUUUUUUCGAUUUGUCCAACUGUACACCUGGUUGGGCAAAUACUCCCGAUAGUUUUGCAGAGGAUAUCAGAUAUGGCAGUCACCACGAGCCUCACGUGUAUCGGGCGUCAAAAAUGGAGCACGUCACGUCCAUAACACUGGAAGAUGCCUGAAUUUGCAACUAUCACCUUAAGAGGGAUAUUUUUAAACCGGAUAUUGGCAUACUCAUAAUGUAUUACCGCGUGCACUGAUGGCCCAUGCGUAUACAAUCUCGAUUUCGAUGGUGGGAAGGGCUUUUCCCAUACAAAAUCUCUCUUUACCGCGCGAGGUGCAAACAACAAUUUUUUUUAUCACAAACGGUUGUUCUCUGCGUCGUUUAUAGGCAAGUUGAUGUACAGUCUCCGAGCAGUAAACGUCUACGGACAGCACAGCGUCUGGGCAGAUUGGAUCCCUGUGCAUAUUUCUCCCCGAGGUUGCUAUUCAAGUUGUGACUGCAUUAUAUGUUACUUACUCGUUGGGCAAGGCUUUAUUUCGCUCUUUCAAAACUGCCCGUAGAAUGUUUAGACAGACGUGUCCUCGCUGCUUCAAUCUUAAUCGCUGCCCUUUCUCAUAUUUGAGCUCACAACAUUUGGCCCACACUUGCGUGAGACUAAUUGCGCUUCACAAGUCUGACUCACUGUUUUUACUUUGCACAUUUUUACUGUGCCACUUGCUGUUUUACCACCUGCUGCGGAACACAAACGUUUCUGCACCAUAUAAAAGUUCUUAAAAGUUUAUUUCCCCAGGCGUACCUACGUCCUCAAAAACUCGUUAAGCGUGUCGUGACUCGUACCGUUUCGUCAAAAUUAACUAAUCUCUACCUUUGAUAAAAACUAUGUUCACCGCGAAGCCCACACGUGACUAAACCCACGAAGUUCGAGAAUUCCGGGCAACUCAAUAACCGACCCGCGUGUGUUGACGAAAAACUUAAAUUUGGUAAGAGACCAUAGGUAAAAAUAUAAUUUGCAAAGAUAUCAAAAGCCGCACUGCAUCUGUUCUGUUUAAGCUGUGAAUGAACCUUUAUACGACCUAACGUACCUUGAACUCGUUCCUAUGAGCCCUGAUGACAUGCCGAAACAAAAAACAUGUCGGCUGAUACACGAUGCUUGUCAGGUUUGCCAAUUUGAAUUCACUGAGCCGAAAACGUUGUUCAUUUAUUAAAAGUAAUGUGGUCUUGAACACCUUGCCUCGACUUAUUCGCACAAAAGAUAUCGAUUUUCAUUUCUACGACGGCUGUACAUUUUUAUUUUUGUCACUCAUAUUAAUUCCUGUCCACAGGUGGCUGUGUACAAACACGCAGCUAUUAGCAUAGGAAACCGCUUUAUUAUGAAGGAUUGCCGAUCUUUACCCAAAAUAUCUCUUUUAAGUUUGAUUCAGAGCAUAUUAUGCGUGAAAAAUAAUUACGAAGGGCUAUAGGCUAGCAAAAAAUGACCAUCCGGAGUUAUUCACCAUCAUAUCACCAUCUCAGUUUUGGUCACGACCCUUUGUUACUUUCGCCACCCGUGCUUGUCGACUGCCUAGUUAUCACCUUUUCCCAGAGAAUUCAUAACUAGGUGCCAUUCACGCUUCCCUCUAGACCCGGCAUGAAUGGGCACAGAGCACUAAAAUUCGCGUAAUCCGAUCAUGUGCGUCACAUUGCCACCAAACACACUGCACGGGUAAGACGUGCCGGUGGGUACAAUCAUGCGCGAAAGCCCUUUUAACUCAGACAUUGCCGCGACUUGAAACCAUAACCACUCAGGGUUUGGUUGGAAUGCUCUGCAAUGGGCUUGACGGAGCGUAGGGUAACAUCUUCAGAGCAGUUGAAAUUGCUGUCUGUGGAAAGAACUGGUUUGUUCAACCAUUGGCAGAAUGCUGUCAAAGAGUGACAGCAUAUGGAAUAAGAGGUCUUGUCCCUGACAAUAAGUAUACCGCUUUGCAUUCGGAUUACCAGUUUCAAAACAUGCGGCAUAGCCAGCGGUAUCUAACCGUUUUUCGACCUAGUUUAUCAUCGGGUCCCAAUCGUCUGGGUUCAUUGUUCAUAAAGCUGCACCCGUGUCCUAUUAAUAACCCGAAAGCAAUUGCCCUCAAUCGAUGACUGACCAUCAGAAAGUUGCUAACUAGGACACGGGGCCCUGAAACGGCAAUUUCUGUCUUAUUUCUAAUCGUCAGCCGACUACACUCCAGUCUCAGGCCAUUCCUCAAAUGACUUCAAGUAUUUCCAAAGGCAGCAGAUAACGUGAGCUCGUGGUUCAGCUCUUGGAAUCCUUUAUUCUAUGUUUGACUUGACCCAGUUUCAGACACCGGAGUUCUUCCUCGUGGAAUCGGGUAAUGGCGGUAACUAAGUCGGAGAUGGUCGUUCCAAUGUCUUUUCCUUUAGUUGGCAAUAUUUCGCAAUGCGUAAUUGCUCUUUCCUGUGUAACCGCCUGCAAGGGCCUGGGAUCGAACCUCGAAAGCAAGACCGACAGCCUGUCUUGUCAUUCCAAAAUCAUUGAUGAGCUUAUUCCAAACAUGUCAGUUAAGUGUUUUGCUAUAACCAUCGGAGAACAUAUGGAACGUUCGCUCUCGCCAUUUUCUGGGCAAAACAGUGUGAUUCUUUUUGCGUACUUUGGCUGGCGCCUUCAAUACCAACUGGCUUAAUCUGAUGGAAAACAUGCCAGCGCUGAGUGUUGUGGCUGGAUAUCAGUCAUUUAUGACCGUUGAUACUUUUCCACUAAAACAAUAGGCUUUUAUAUUUUGCGUCCUGGCGAGCCUGCUCACUCUCAUGGAAGUCGAAGACACACUGCUGUUGACUGUGUCAGGAUGCAUUUUGAAGCGAGAUUAGUCCUGUUGGCCGCUUACUCGUUGUUUUUUAUAACUGCAUGCCCCACUUUCCAUCCGAACGUCCCCUCAAGAGUGUUCAAGCAGCCACCAUAAUGUUCUCCGUGUUUGCUUUGACCUCAUUAGGUCAGCUUGCUUGGUGAAUUUCGCAUCAGGCCACUGCGAACUUGGCCAGCAUCAUCACGGCCGUCUGGGUGCGGACUAUUUGCUGUCAAAUUUGGCGCACUGUAACCUAAUCUGCAUCGCGUGGGGUGCGUAACUUUCGUGCAUCUGCACAGAGGCCACUCCUCUAAGGUGCGCAAACGCGUACAAGGUUGUGUCUCCUUAGCUUUCACCAGGACGAUGUGCUGGAGUAACACUAGCUGAAUUAUGUCAAUAGAGUCAUUUCAGAACUGGUUGGCAUGUGCGAAUAGUUUAGGUUAUUAAUAGCGUACAACGAUGUUGCCAUUGUUUUCCAUUUGUAGUCAGAUUUACCGCCUGAAUAGUCCGUCUAGCUUAUUACGCCCAGUGCGUACGACAUGAUCAAUAUGUCUUCCCGAGAGUCAGCUUGAUUCGAAAGUUGGUUUGUUUAAAAAACCCCAGCGCUAAGUAAGUCAGCAUUAAAUUGUGCUGACAUCUCCGUAGAUCCUUAACCGUAACCACCUCGACCGUCCUUGCCGAAGCCAAGAAUUGUUUCACAUUUUGCUUGUCCAAACUGAACCUAAGGGGAGAAAUUCAAGACGAGACUGCUGAUAUCCCUGGUGAAGGCAAAGUUUGUAGAAGUUUUGAACCUUCCUACCCCUUCACGAUAGGUUAUAUUGCCACUGAUGGAGCAGAAUGGAUCGAUUGCAAAAUGCGUAUCGAGGACCGCAGCACAAUACUCAGUUCUUGUUGGCUUCCCUCAGGGGAGUCUGAAACGAAUUUGCGCCUAGUAGUUAUAAUAUUUAUUUUUGCUAAAAGCAACUAAAAUAACUUCUGUCCCGAUGGCGCACCAGUGAGCUGCGUCUGAAAUUGCCUAAAGUCUUACGGACCCGCGCGACAUCUCCCUCACUCCCACCACUUUCCAGUGACGACGAAAUGGAGGCCAUAUGACGGAUGUGAAUACAUCCACGUAUAUGCGUACCACAGACAUGCCAACCACUUUACCCAACUUCAAUAGUAGUCUCGAGUCUCAUUAAAAGCACAUGCCAGAUGAGUUAUCCCACCAGUUGACAGCUGUUCAAGCUAAGACUCAGCUCGUAGUAACAGUUUAAAGACGUCAAACUUGUAGUUGAAAAAGUGUACCCCGGAUCGUCACGGAGAAGGUUUGCCCAGGGUCGACCUUAAUCUUGCCUUUCCUUUGGAUCAAACCGACCGGAGAUGGGAUGUGGGUCGGUGGCUGACGUAGCUCUAGCUUCCGUCUCACGCAUGUCACAUGCCUGCGUGGAGCUCUUUGCGGUCUAACGCAACGGUGUACCUGUUUGCCGGUCAAAUCAAAGUACGUAUGAAUCUUGGGAAAUGUUUCCUUAAAGAAACGUAACGGAAAGCGUAUGUUCAAAAGUUCUAUCAUGUUUUCAGUUUUGAUAAUCUCGUAGACAGAAAUAGUACUGAGUUAUUUGUCACUCGAAACGUCUCGGGGCAUAAUACCGCUUCUCUGUCAAUUAUUGACCGUAUCUCGGGGAGGUGUAACUCGUGAUUGUUGCGCGUCAAAAUAGCGCCUGUCUUUUGGCGAUUGUUGGCCUCCAAACAACCAAGUGUCUUAAUCGUAUGCCUUUACCAGAUGUGCGUUCGUGCUCAUUGCCUCAUUUCAACUUUGGGUGUUUGCUCUUUCAUUGUUAGCAGUUGCGAAUGCGGUUUUGAAAGUAAGUUGCGCAGUAUCGUCCUCUCUUAAACUAUUUUUUAUUAUCAAAGACUUUUUGUCCGACUCAGCUAUAUUUAAACCAUGCCUCUGCCAAAGGUUACUCAUUGAUUUCAGUCGUUUAGCAUAAGCCAACUACCGGUCCAGUACUGGAGCAGAAGACCUCAAGGAUUUGAUGACCUUAAUGGUCGAUCUCUUCACUACCAGUAUAGGCUCAACAGUUAGGGUUGCAACUUUGGUCCCGCAAUCGAAUCCUGCUGGUAGUUGAUUAUUUUAAUGCCUAAAGAAAAAACACCGGUUAGCCCAAACGGCUAGGGUGAGUCGCAACUUUCUAAAGCACUAUUCAGAGAAAGCGUUAAGGCAGCCACAGAAAAUCACGGAGGCCCACAUCAGCCGUAUGUAACUUUUCCGUUGGAAUGGUACUCUUCGACGACGAUUACUUUAAUUCCCCCAAGUUUUCUCAAACGUGUUGGUUAAGGUGUUUCGCUCUCUUCUUUUUCACAAGCCCUUUUUGCCGAAACGUAAUCGUAAGAUUCGCGAAUCUUCUGCUUGUUUAAUUUAAGACUGGUGUCUCAAUGGGCAGUCCCAUACAGUUAUCAGUAAGUGCUUUAUUCGAUUUCUCCUUUGCGUCUGAUCGAGCAUUUUGUGUCUUAGUGUCCUCAUUUCCUUGCCUCAAUGUCUAUACACUUAGUUUGUCGGUUGUAAUACUUAUCGUUCUGAUGGCUGGCGUUAUCAUGUAUUUUACUGGUAUUUCAAUUGCUGCUGUCGAUCAAAGUAGUACAACCCAGUUACGACACUUACGGCAGACUGUGGAAAAUAUGAAACCCGUGCACCCAGGGGGGUGCUACCCACGAAAUAAAACAGUCAACCCCCCCCCUCCCCACACCUAAUUUUCGUCGGGCUUAGGAAUUGAUCUAUAUUCCAUUCUGACUCUCAAGGGAUCCUGUUUUUAUCCGAAAGACGAUUAUGCUGGAUUACGAAGAAACCCUACUAUGUUAUGUCACACUAAACUAGACUGGUUUAUCAUGGUCUUCAGAGUUCAGCGUCGUCUGACUUUUGGUUUCUGAGAAUUUGCACUUAGUAAGCGCGCUACUUGAGGCCUCGAACGUUAUUGUAAUAACAUCACGGGCUGCUAUUUCCAGCGUGUUUAUCGCCUGUUUUGCAGUUGAACUGGCCCUCAUCAUGGACCGGCUCUAUGGUGGUGUCUGCUACGCUGGAAUCGACAUUGACCCAGAGCUCAAGUACCCCAAAGGUGCUGGACGCGUUGCUUUCUCAAAUCAACAAAGUUACAUUGCAGCUAUCAGCGCAAGAUUUGUCCAACUUCAGCAUAAUGAUAUUGAUAAACGAGUAAGUCAGUUGUGCACGGAAUUCAUAUGUGAAAUUCCCUUUGUGCGAGUUUGUAUUACCGAGUUUUCAAUCAUCCCGGCUUCAGUGUGUGUGUGACUUACACUUUCUUCUGGUUCCUUCAGGUGGAAGUCAAGCCCUACGUCUUGGAUAAUCAAAUGUGCGACGAAUGUCAAGGCACACGCUGUGGUGGCAAAUUCGCACCCUUCUUCUGUGCAAACGUCACCUGUCUUCAGUAUUACUGCGAACAGUGUUGGGUUCAAAUUCACAGCCACCAUGGACGAGAGUACCACAAGCCUCUGGUAAAAGAGGGCGCCGAACGGCCCCGCCCCGCCCUCUACCGAUGGUAA